AUGUCAACAAAUGGAAUGAAUUAUUCGAUGUAUAAUACUGUUGGAUAUUCUCAAAUGACUCAACAACAACAAUCUUUCUAUGGGCAAACAUUUCAAAAUGCUCUUUCACAACAAACAAUUCCUCCAUAUGGUACAUAUCAAAUGUAUUCAUCAUCAAUAUCAAAUCAACCACAAUAUAACAGUUAUGAUCAUAUUAUACGAUCAACUGCUGAAACCCUUGCUGCAUUUAAUCAAUCAACAGAAACAUCAAUGUUUAAUAAUCCUCAAGGACAAUUUAAUCGAUCAAAUACUCAACAAUCUUCAAAUCGUCGUCCUAUGAAAAAUUCCUUUAAUACAAAUAAUUCAACACGUAUGUAUUAUUGUGAAACAUGUCGUAUAGCAUGUGGUGGUCAUGCAACAUAUCAAGCACAUUUAAAUGGUUCUAAACAUAAGAAAAAAGAACUUAUUGCACAAAAUCAACAAACACCAGUUAAUAUAAGUACUAAAACCGGUGUUAAUAUACUUCGAUGUGAAUUAUGUGAUAUAACAUGUACAAGUUCUGAUGCUUAUAAAGCACAUUUAGAUGGAAGUAAACAUGAAAAAGCAAUGAAAUUACAUCGUAAAUUAGGUAAAACAAUACCAUCAACAGAACCACAAAUAUUAAAUAAUGUAUCAACAUCAUCUCAAAUAGAUGUGAACUUACAAACAACAAUAAAUGAAUCUCAAACAUUAAAAAAUGAUGAACAAAAAAUAUCUUUAUCACAUUUAUUUGAAAAUAAUAUUAAACCAAUUGGUGAAGAAUACAUUGAAACAACAUAUGAUAAUGCAAAUAAACCAAUACUUUAUCAUUGUAAAUUAUGUGAAUGUAAAUUUAAUGAUAUUAAAGGAAAAGAUAUGCAUUUAAAAGGAAAACGUCAUCGACUUGCUUAUAAAAAAAAAGUAAAUCCAAAUUUUGUCGUUGAUAAUAAUACAAAUAAUAAAUUAACAAGUUCAAAACAAAAACAAAUUAAUAAUCAUCAAUCCAGUGAUAAUCAUUCUAAUGUAGAAUAUAUAAAUACUCAACAAAAGAUGACUAGUAAUAAUCAAAUAGAUAUUGAUGAUGAUACAAGAUGUUUAAUGAUGUUACAUCAACAAAUUAUACCAACACCUAAUUUACUUAACAUUAUCGAACAGUUUGUUAAUGCUGUUGAAUCAGCUUUAAAAUCUUGUUCAGAACGACUUCAAACAUUUAACACAUUGUCAACUGAUGAUAAUUCUUCUACAUCCGAAACAAAUGCUAAUCAAUCACCAUUAAUGGGUGUAUUUCGUAUUGGUUUAUUUGGAAAAAGUUUAAUAAUUAAAACCGAUCGUUUAUUUCAUAUAGUUGUUAUUUGUGCAGAAUGGCCAACAAAAACACUUUUUCAAACAAUUGCAGCAAUAUUAUCUGAUAAUCUUGAUGAUACAUGGAAAAAUAAAAUUCAAAUUCAAUGUCAAAUCGAUAAAGAAACUAUAGAAUUACAAACAAAUACAGAAGAAGGAAUAAUGUGUAUUUCAAUAGCAUUUACUUCAUUUUCUAUUCAACAACAAGAUAAAUCCGAAAAUAAAUCUGAUGAAGUUUUAUCGAAAAUAAAUUGUUUAAAUGCAUUAAAUUCAAUUCAUUCAACUCGAUGGUUUCAAAAUCAAGUUAGUAUUCGACAACAUGCAUCAGCAUUAGUACGUUGUUUACGUUAUAAAACAAAAGUUUCAACCAAUUGGAAAUCAUUAUCAUCUGAAGCUAUUGAAAUUCUUAUUGACUAUACUUUAUCACAAUCAUUAUCAGCUGUGAAUGCAUUUCGACGUGUUCUAGAAUAUCUUUCUGGUGGUUUAGUAUUAUCAAAUGGUCCCGGUUUACGCAUGCCUUGGCACACAGAUUUAAUGAAAGAUGUCUUAGAGAAUCUAACAAAUCAAGAAAGAAAUGAUAUAACUCAGGAAGCUCAAAGGUGUAUAAUUAUAGGUUUACGUUUAAUGUCGUUUGGACAAUUAACAAAAUGGCUUGAACAAUCAAAUAUUCAUCAAUUAAUGGUCUCACUAUCAAAACGUUCGUUACCUGAUUGUGAUGAUCAAAUUCGAGUAAAACGACAAUGUACGGAAUUGGAAUAA